GUGUUGAGCCCGCCUACACUUCCGGAAGAAUUGCACUGGACUGUGGGUAUCCUAGUCUCCGCGUGUGUGAGUACAGCGGCGCGAGCUCAGUGGAACCUGGGUGCUGACGCCGCGGCGCUGGAGAUCCAAACAUGGCAAACCUGGAAGAAAGCUUCCCCCGAGGAGGUACAAGAAAGAUCCACAAACCAGAGAAAGCUUUCCAGCAGUCAGUUGAACAAGACAACUUAUUUGAUAUUUCUACUGAAGAGGGAUCCACCAAAAGAAAAAAGAGCCAGAAGGGGCCAGCAAAAACAAAAAAGUUGAAAAUCGAAAAGAGAGAAAGCAUCAAGUCCGCAAGAGAGAAGUUUGAAAUCCUUAGUGUUGAGUCCCUGUGUGAGGGAAUGCGGAUUUUGGGUUGCGUGAAAGAGGUGAAUGAACUGGAACUGGUGAUUAGUCUCCCCAAUGGCCUCAAGGGGUUUGUGCAAGUCACUGAAAUCUGUGAUGCCUAUACCAAAAAGCUGAACGAACAGGUGACACAAGAACAACCUCUGAAGGACCUACUUCACUUGCCUGAACUUUUCUCACCUGGAAUGCUGGUAAGAUGUGUGGUGAGCAGUCUAGGCAUCACAGACAGGGGCAAGAAGAGUGUCAAGCUGUCUCUGAACCCCAAAAAUGUCAACAGAGUGCUGAGUGCUGAGGCCCUGAAGCCUGGCAUGCUACUUACAGGUACCGUAUCCAGCCUGGAAGACCAUGGCUACCUAGUGGACAUUGGUGUUGAUGGGACCAGAGCUUUUCUGCCACUGCUGAAAGCCCAGGAGUACAUCAGACAGAAGAACAAAGGUGCUAAACUAAAGGUGGGUCAGUACCUGAACUGCAUCGUUGAAAAGGUGAAAGGCAACGGAGGAGUUGUUAGUCUGUCUACUGGUCACUCAGAGGUUUCUACUGCCAUUGCUACUGAAGAGCAGAGCUGGAACCUUAAUAACUUGCUACCAGGACUGGUGGUCAAAGCUCAGGUACAGAAGGUGACUCCAUUUGGCCUUACGCUAAACUUCCUCACAUUCUUCACAGGCGUGGUUGACUUUAUGCACCUGGAUCCCAAGAAAGCUGGAACCUAUUUCUCAAAUCAGGCAGUGAGGGCCUGCAUCCUCUGCAUCCAUCCUCGAACCAGAGUUGUGCGCCUGAGCCUGCGCCCCAUCUUCCUACAACCUGGACGCCCACUCACCCGACUCUCUUGCCAGAACUUUGGAGCAGUGCUGGAUGAUGUUCCUGUCCAGGGUUUUUUCAAAAAGGCUGGGGCCACGUUUAGGCUGAAGGAUGGGGUUCUGGCCUAUGCCCGGCUCAGCCAUCUCUCUGAUUCUAAGAACGUCUUCAAUCCUGAGGCCUUCAAGCCAGGGAAUACUCACAAGUGUAGAAUUAUUGACUACAGCCAAAUGGAUGAACUGGCCUUGCUCUCUCUACGAACGUCUAUUAUUGAAGCUCAGUACCUUAGAUAUCAUGACAUCCAGCCUGGGGCAGUGGUAAAGGGCACAGUGCUAACCAUAAAGUCAUAUGGGAUGCUGGUGAAGGUGGGCGAGCAGAUGAGGGGCCUGGUACCUCCCAUGCACCUGGCUGACAUCCUGAUGAAGAAUCCGGAGAAGAAGUACCACAUCGGGGACGAGGUCAAGUGCCGGGUUUUGCUUUGUGACCCUGAAGCCAAGAAGCUGAUGAUGACCCUGAAAAAAACUCUGAUUGAGUCCAAACUACCUGUCAUUACCUGCUAUGCCGAUGCCAAGCCUGGUCUGCAGACACAUGGCUUCAUCAUCAGGGUCAAGGACUAUGGCUGCAUUGUUAAGUUCUACAACAAUGUGCAGGGACUGGUGCCCAAGCAUGAGCUCAGUACCGAGUAUAUCCCUGACCCGGAGAGAGUUUUUUACACUGGCCAGGUGGUGAAGGUUGCCGUGUUGAACUGUGAGCCAUCCAAAGAGAGGAUGCUCUUAUCCUUCAAGCUGUCGAGUGAUCCAGAGCCAAAGAAAGAGCCUGCAGGACACAGUCAGAAGAAAGGAAAAGCCAUUAACAUUGGGCAGCUGGUAGAUGUGAAGGUUUUAGAGAAGACCAAAGAUGGGCUGGAGGUGGCUGUCCUGCCCCACAACAUCCGUGCUUUUCUCCCCACGUCUCAUCUGUCGGACCACGUUGCCAACGGCCCAUUGUUACAUCAUUGGCUCCAGGCAGGUGACAUCCUUCACAGAGUCCUGUGUCUGAGCCAGAGCGAGGGGCAUGUUCUUCUUUGCAGGAAGCCAGCCUUGGUCUCCACAGUAGAAGGUGGCCAGGAUCCCAAGAACUUCUCAGAAAUCCAUCCUGGAAUGCUGCUCAUUGGUUUUGUGAAGAGCAUCAAGGACUAUGGCGUGUUCAUCCAGUUCCCCUCAGGUCUUAGCGGACUGGCCCCAAAAGCUAUCAUGAGUGACAAAUUUGUGACCUCCACAAGUGACCACUUUGUUGAGGGCCAGACAGUAGCGGCAAAGGUGACCAAUGUGGAUGAGGAGAAGCAGCGGAUGCUGCUUUCACUGCGGCUGUCGGACUGUGGUCUGGGGGACUUGGCCACCACCAGCCUCCUCCUCCUGAGUCAGUGCCUGGAGGAGCUGCAGGGCGUGCGCAGCCUCAUGAGCAACCAAGACUCUGUGUUGAUCCAGACGCUGGCUGAGAUGACCCCAGGAAUGUUCCUUGACCUAGUGGUGCAGGAGGUGUUGGAAGAUGGCUCUGUGGUAUUCAGUGGGGGUCCAGUGCCUGACCUGGUCCUGAGAGCCAGCAGAUACCAUCGCGCAGGGCAGGAGGUGGAAUCUGGGCAGAAAAAGAAGGUUGUAAUCUUAAAUGUUGAUCUUUUGAAGUUGGAAGUGCACGUUUCCCUUCACCAGGACUUGGUGAAUAGAAAAGCUAAAAAGCUGAGGAAAGGCAGCGAACACCAGGCGAUUGUGCAGCACUUGGAGAAGUCCUUUGCCAUUGCCUCCUUGGUAGAGACUGGCCACCUGGCAGCUUUCUCACUGUCCUCUCACCUCAACGACACCUUCCGCUUUGACUCAGAGAAAUUGCAGGUGGGACAGGGUGUCUCCCUAACCCUCAAGACCACAGAACCAGGAGUGACUGGCCUUCUUUUGGCUGUGGAGGGGCCGGCUGCCAAGAGGACCAUGAGGCCGACCCGGAAGGACUCUGAGACAGUUGAUGAGGAUGAAGAAGUGGAUCCAGCUCUGACUGUAGGGACCAUAAAGAAGCACACCCUCUCCAUUGGGGACAUGGUCACAGGGACUGUCAAGUCCAUUAAGCCCACCCAUGUGGUUGUGACUCUGGAAGAUGGCAUCAUUGGCUGUAUCCAUGCCUCCCACAUUCUAGAUGAUGUUCCAGAGGGCACCUCUCCUACUACCAAGCUGAAGGUUGGGAAGACGGUCACUGCCCGAGUGAUUGGUGGGCGAGACAUGAAGACAUUCAAGUAUCUCCCAAUAAGUCACCCCAGAUUUGUUCGAACCAUCCCGGAGCUGAGUGUUCGGCCAAGUGAGCUGGAGGAUGGCCACACUGCUCUUAACACUCACUCUGUUAGCCCCAUGGAGAAGAUUAAACAGUAUCAGGCCGGCCAGACUGUUACUUGCUUCUUAAAGAAGUACAAUGUGGUGAAGAAAUGGCUUGAGGUGGAGAUUGCCCCAGACAUCCGGGGGAGAAUUCCCUUAUUGCUCACUUCUCUGAGCUUCAAGGUUCUGAAGCAUCCAGAUAAGAAGUUCCGGGUUGGCCAGGCCCUGAGGGCCACUGUUGUUGGCCCAGAUUCCUCCAAGGCCUUCUUAUGUCUGUCCCUCAUAGGUCCUCAUAAGCUUGAGGAAGGGGAAGUGGCCAUGGGCCGAGUGGUGAAGGUGACUCCCAAUGAGGGGCUGACCGUCUCCUUCCCCUUUGGGAAGAUAGGAACAGCCAGUAUAUUUCACAUGAGUGACUCCUACUCUGAGACUCCCCUGGAAGACUUCGUCCCCCAGAAGGUUGUCAGGUGUUACAUCCUGUCCACUGCAGACAACGUAUUGACUUUGUCGCUGCGAUCAUCCAGAACAAACCCGGAGACGAAAAGCAAAGUAGAAGAUCCAGAGAUUAACUCCAUCCAGGACAUUAAGGAAGGGCAGCUUCUGAGGGGCUACGUAGGGUCCAUCCAGCCACAUGGUGUGUUCUUUCGCCUUGGCCCCUCCGUUGUGGGUUUGGCUCGGUACUCCCAUGUCUCCCAGCACAGCCCGUCCAAGAAAGCCCUUUAUAACAAACACCUCCCCGAAGGGAAGCUGCUCACAGCCAGGGUCCUACGCCUUAACCACCAGAAGAACCUGGUAGAGCUGUCUUUCCUCCCCGGAGACACUGGGAAGCUGGACGUGCUUUCUGCUUCCCUGGAAGGACCACUUCCAAAGCAAGAGGAGAGGAAAACAGAGGCUGAGGAGAGAGACCAAAAAGGGGAAAAGAAAAAUCAGAAAAGGAACGAGAAGAAGAACCAGAAGGGGCAGGAGGAGGUGGAGCUGCCCAGCAAGGAGAAGCAACAGCCGCAGAAGCCACAGGCGCAGAAGCGGGGCAGGCGGGAGCGCUGGGAGUCUGGGAGUGAGCAGGAAAGAGUGAGCAAGAAGCCAAAGAAAGCCGGCUCAUCAGAGGAGGAUGACAGCCUUGUGAACGUGUACUAUCGGGAGGGAAAAGAGGAGGCAGAAGAGACGAAUGUGCUGCCCAAGGAGAAGCAAACCAAGCCAGCAGAAGCGCCCCGGCUACAGCUAUCUUCAGGCUUCGCUUGGAAUGCGCGACUAGACUCUCUGACCCCGGCCUUGCCACCUCUAGCAGAGAGCUCAGACAGCGAGGAGGAUGAGAAGCCACACCAAGCCACGCAGAAAAAGAAAAGCAAGAAAGAAAGGGAAUUGGAGAAGCAGAAGGCAGAGAAGGAACUGUCCCGCAUUGAGGAGGCGCUGAUGGAUCCUGGGCGGCAGCCAGAGUCCGCGGAUGAUUUUGACCGACUGGUGCUGAGUUCCCCCAACAGCUCCAUUCUGUGGCUGCAGUACAUGGCUUUCCACCUGCAGGCCACGGAGAUCGAGAAGGCCCGUGCCGUGGCUGAGAGGGCCCUUAAGACCAUCUCCUUCAGAGAGGAGCAGGAGAAGCUGAAUGUGUGGGUGGCUCUGCUGAACCUGGAGAACAUGUACGGCUCUCAGGAGUCCCUGACCAAGGUCUUCGAGCGAGCCGUGCAGUACAAUGAGCCUCUCAAAGUCUUUCUGCACCUGGCUGACAUCUACACCAAGUCAGAGAAAUUCCAGGAAGCUGGUGAACUCUACAACCGGAUGCUGAAGCGUUUCCGGCAGGAGAAAGCUGUGUGGAUCAAAUACGGCGCCUUCCUUCUGCGGAGGAGCCAGGCUGGGGCCAGUCACCGCGUGCUGCAGCGAGCCCUGGAGUGCUUGCCUAGCAAGGAGCAUGUGGAUGUCAUUGCCAAGUUUGCCCAGCUUGAGUUUCAGCUGGGGGACGCAGAGCGGGCUAAAGCCAUUUUUGAGAACACGCUGAGCACCUACCCAAAGCGCACAGAUGUCUGGUCGGUCUAUAUCGACAUGACCAUCAAGCACGGCAGCCAGAAGGACGUCCGGGACAUCUUUGAGCGGGUCAUUCAUCUGAGCUUGGCCCCCAAGAGAAUGAAGUUCUUCUUCAAGCGCUACCUGGACUACGAGAAGCAGCAUGGCACUGAGAAGGAUGUGCAGGCAGUCAAGGCCAAGGCCCUGGAGUAUGUGGAGGCCAAGAGCUCAGUGCUAGAGGACUAGUGGCAGGCUGGCUCUGUGGGACACUGUCAACAAUGGGCCAGCCUGGCCCCACCUCGAGUGCCCUGGGCACUUGGAAAACUGUUACCUCAGGACUCUAUUUAACUGCUGCUUUUUCUGCAUUUAAAUAGAGAAUGGGGGAAUCCUGUCAGGAUGAAAAGGAAUUUGAGAUUUUUUAAAUUCCUCUUCGCUUGCUUUAUUUUCAGUACCAACUUGUUAUCUUUUUCCCCUACUUGGGGAUUGUGGGCAGCAGGCCCCUGGACUCCCAGAAAUGCUGAGGGUCCCUCUUCCAGGGGAGUUCCCUGGGGAGCAAGAGUGUAGGGGCUACUCCCAAGGGUCUUGUGGUCAGGGUCCUGCUUUGUCCCUGGCAGGCUGUCAGUCCAGCCGGAGGGGGUCAGUAGGCUCCAGGGAGUGGGCCCUCCCCUCUGAUCUUGGAGUCUCUGGGCGUUCCUUCAGCCUCAGCCUCACUGGUACCUUCUGGCCUUUAGGGGAGGCUAUGAAUCUGGGAUAGGAGGACAAAUUCAGAGCCCAGAGGGGAAAAUGGAGAAACCUGGGCUGCUGAGGAAAGCCACGGGUGUAGGCGUGAACUGAUGAUGUCUCAUCCCACGCCCACUAUGGCCACAUUACCUAACCUCUCCAUAUCUGGGCUAUUCAAGGUCUUGGAGGCCAGCACAGACCCAGCUAGUUGUUGAAGCCAGUUCUUUUUUGGCUUGGUCAUGAGGGAAUUAAAAGUUUUCUCUGGCAGAGCUUUAAGUGUCCUGAGAGCUUUUCCAUGGGAAAUGACUGAGUCAUAUGCCAGGAAGCCGGACAGGGCCAAGGGAGGGCAUCCAAAGGUUCUAGAGGUGGGGCGGGUGGCGGGCAGGGAUGGGAGGGAGAAGCUGGGGCUGGCCUGCUUCUUGGACGUGAGCACUAGGUUACAAGAGCUAGUUCUGGCCUGCCCACUGAGCACAGAAUCUUCUGACUCGUGAAAUUUCAGACUGUUUCCUUCUGAGAAAGGCCGGGCUUCAUCUGUUCCCCACACCAAAUCAGAUAAUAGAACCCAACUGCAAAGAGAUCAUCAGCCCCAGAGCCUUCCCCUGUGUUGAACCCCUGGCACUCCCUGUACCCUCCCUGCCACCCCUGUGGGCCAUUUUAGUCCUGUCCCCUUCCCUAACACAGGGCAUAGGAUUUGGGCCUGGCCCUAUGACCACCAGCCUGCUGUGGCAUGCCCAUUCAAUCACGCAGACACCAGGCUAGUCCUUUUAGUAAGAAAAACUUUAUCAAAAAUUUAAAUAUAUAAAAUAAGGCCAGAGGCUGCCCUGGAGGCCGCUUCCCAGUGGUGCACUGCUGCGCUGGGUGUCCCUAUGCAGCUAGACACAUGUUAACUGCAUAGAGUACCAUAAAGGAGCCCACUGGUGAGCUUCACUGUCACCUGGUCCUGCUGGCUGGGGCUUCCAUUGUCUACUGGGUCUCUCCACACCCCAGAUUGCCUUGUGGUCCUUUCCCCUGGCCAAGAAGAUGCAGUUUUUAAAAAAUCGUCUUCUGAUAUGGAUGUGAGCAAGCAGUGGGGUUCAGUUUGGGACCAAGUAGUGCCCUUUACAAAGAGCAUGGGAAGCAGCUCCUUAGGAGGCGAGCAGGGCCAUCUCCACGUUGUCAGGGGCUGCACCGUUGCCUGCCAGACCCUGGGCCCACUUGUGCAGGCGGCUGUAGAGUGGGAGGCCCUGAUUCUCACGGUACAAGUAGACACCGGUGAUGGCAUUCCACUGUGGCCGUGGCUGCGUGCCUUCCACUGGGAAGUUGGCAACCAGUUCCUCAUCAUCCUUGUUGAGCGCCACAAAGCCAAAGAAGCGGCGCACAUUGUUGGCAGCGAGCACCCGAGAGUGCACCUCGGCCGUGCGCUGGAACAGCUGGUCCUCAUUGGCACGGUACUGCGCCCAGUAGGCCUCCUGGCGGUAGCUGAGUGGCGAGCAGUAAUGCUUGAGGCACUUGGUCAGGAACACCAGGAUGGCCACCACGCCGAUGAGCAGCCACCCAAAGAGCUGGCCAGAGAAUGGGCACAGUUCAGGAGGGGCGAGGAACUGCCUGAGCCCUACCCACCGGAGCGAAUGGAAAAGGAGCAAGUUCCACUUGUGUAAGAGAAGCAGGCCCUUGUGGCUGUGAUUCCAUCGCUUCCUUACCCCCUUUAACUCACACUCUACUUGCCUGUGUUUUUUGCUGCCACCCCUGCAACCUUAAGAACACCUCCUUCCCCUGCCAUCAUCUCAGGCCAUCAAAACCCAGCUCAACCUGCCAGGCUCAGCUCAGAUGCCACCUCUGGGAAGCCUUCAAAGGCCCUUCUGGGAGCACUUGUGCCUUCCCUAAAUCUCCCGUGGCCUGGUUCCUCUCAUCACCAUCUGCCUUGUUUGGAGGACACACGUGCUUGUCUGAAAUGCUUGGAGGGUAAGGACAGGCAAGGUCAUCCUUGUUUCACCACUUGCUCCUGUACAGAGAUCUGGGGGCAUUUGAUCAGCAUCAAAUAAAUAUUUCUUUGUCUACCA